AUGUCACGCAGUUCGGCUGGGUUUGUCCCGGCUGGUGGCCCCUCGGGCGGCCCAGCCUUUUCUUUCUUCGCACACUUUUCUCCACUGUCUGGACAGCAGAAGCAGGCAGCUCACCAGAUUCUGCCCCAUCUUUUCUUGGGUUCCGCAGCGGCCGCUCGGAGCGCAACUUGGCUGCACCAGAACCGCAUCACGCACAUUGUGUGCGUGCACAACGCGGAAGCCUCGCCACAGGAGCUCAAACGGCAGUUAACCUCACCCACUGCCGCAAACGAUGCGAAACACGCCAAGUCUCGCCAACAGCGACCGCAAACUGUCGCGGAACAGCUCGUCGUCCACGCGGAUCGCUGCGUCUACUGCUGCUGCUACGUCCAAGACACGCCGCAGCAGGUUUUUCUGCCGAUGCUUUCCCCCGUAAUCGAUUUUGUCGACAACGCAAUACGGGACCAGUCUUUUCGGGGCGGUGGAGGCUCUCCUUCGCAGGUCCCUUCACAGGCGUCGCAGCCAGGCAGCGCUCAGCCCCGGAAACACCCCACACGCAAUCAUCUGUUUGUCUGCGGCGAACAGCAAACGAGUCUUGUGGACGACGAAAAAGAGGGCAUCCCCGCGAAGUCCUUCGGUGGCGUGAGCGGACCAGCUCGGAGCGGCGUGAAUCAAGGGAACUCAAGAGCGCCACAGCAUGGAAACGUCUUGGUCCACUGCGCCAAGGGAAUCAGCCGCAGUGCCUCCUUCGUCAUUUGCUAUCUCAUGUUUCGUCGGUGUUGGUCCUACAACGAUAGCUUCACGUACAUUCGGAGAAAAAGACCAAUCUACCCAAAUGUCGGAUUUCAAAUCCAGUUGCAAGAGAUUGAGAAGCGACUGCAGCAGUUUCGACCGACGAUCCCGCGCGUAGAUGCCUCGGAGGACCCGGCGGCCCCGAAGCGAAUUACCGCGACCGCCGUGGCCGCAGGCCUCGUCGGCCCAGACGAGGACGAACCGGAUCUGUUCAGAAGGGAUCCCACUGCAGCCGAGAAACUCCUGGAGAUUCUAAGGGAAGCACGAACUGCUCUCAACGCGGCGAGCCUGGAACAGAAGCUCAUUGCCAGCAUUUUGACUCAACUUCUGGAGACCCAGGAACUGGUGGAGAACAUGUUCUCUCAAUCCAGUUUGCUCAGAGACCGGCAAAAGUGGGAACUUCAUGGACUCUUUUUUGAAAAUCUCAAGUCGUACGGAGUAGCGGCCCCGCCUGACGUCCUGGCCACCGCCGAAAAAGUGGCGAAACGGGCCAGCGAUUUGAAGCUCGUAUUCACGGCCACCCUCCCGGGGGUCGCCAUGGCCGACACAGUUGCUGAGGAGAUUCGGCGCUGGGUUCAAGUCGCCACGAAGGUGGCUGAGGAGCGAGAGAAGGCCCAGGCGGCCGACCGACCAAAGAAGGCGAACGCCUCGGGCGAGCAUGCGUCCGCGACGAGAGUUCGGAGUUCCGGUGGCGACACAGCGGCAGCAGAGACAUCCCCUGCGCCACGCGACAAACCGCAGGACGACUCCAAAAGUGCCGAUGGCGCCACGAACGGCGGCAGAAGUCUCAGUCCGCGGAACACCCAGAGAAACGGUGGUCCCGGGAAGCCCGCCCAGAGAGACGUCUCUGACGGAUUGGCGUUUUCUUCUGGAAAAGACCUCUUUGGGAGGCAAGGCGCCUCCACUGCUGACACGCUUCGUGAGCGGCUGAAGAAGAUCCGCGAGAAGCGUGCGGCUCUCGUCGACACCUCGAAAGCGCCUGCUACCGACCAAGGAGCAGCUGGAGUCCGCCGCAGCGGAGACGUUCGCCCUACGGCAGUCCAGUAUCGACAUCCGGGUUUGCCUCUCGUAAGGCAGACCAUGCUUCAGGUCGAAGGGACGACUCGGAAGAGAGAGGGAGGUACUCUUCUCAUGGGUCCAAUGGGGGGCGAGCGCACAGGGUCUAUGAACGAAGUCAAUGCGUGGAGAGUCGCGGCGGCCGCACGCGAAACGGCAGGCACUCGUCGGAUUCGGAGGAGCGUCGACGAGACAGGAGAGACCGGUCUCGGUCCCUCUCCCACGGGAGAUGGAAGCGAAGGAGGUCCAGUUCCCGAUCAGUUUCGCCUCGGAGACGGCGAGACGAAACGCGUGGAACGGACACGCGACAAGAGUCCUUGGCGUCUCGCCGAGGGUCGCGGGGAUCGCCAUGUCGGAGCGAAACAAAGGGAAGGACGGGGUCACCCUGCGACCAUGGACCCGCGUCGCGGUGGAGGCCUGCGCCAAGAUACUCAGAGGACUCCGAUGUCACCGCGAGAAGGCGACGGACUCGCAGGAGUGUUGAUUCGCAGAGAUCGUCGCGUUCGAGGUCACACUCUCCCGGUGCCUGCCGUCCGUCGCGCGAGCGGGGCAGAUCACGGCUUAGUCACAGCCAGAGCAGGAGCCCGCGCGACCCGAGUGGACGAAGGCGAUAAAUGGCCGUUCUGA